AUGUCUGUGCCUGCCGCCGGUCACGACGAGGCCGCGCUUCCUUCGAGCCCCUUGUCUGGAGGGGCCGUGGCCUACAAUCAGAUCAACAAGGAAUUGCACCCUCUCCCCUCCUUGACCGCCAGCAAUGGCGCCGUGAUCCCUCCCGCUUCUCCUCGAGUUCGGGGCAGCAGCGAUAAGAUGUUUGCUCUCGAACUCGAGGAUGGUACCGUCUACCAGGGCUACAGCUUUGGUGCGGAAAAGAGCGUGGCGGGUGAAUUGGUCUUCCAGACCGGGAUGGUGGGUUACCCGGAGUCCAUUACGGACCCCUCCUACCGCGGCCAGAUCCUGGUCAUGACUUUCCCCUUGGUGGGCAACUAUGGUGUCCCUUCGCGGGAGAUCAUGGACGAGCUGUUGAAGACGCUGCCCAAGUACUUCGAGUCGACUGAAAUCCAUGUCGCGGCUCUGGUCGUGGCCACCUAUGCCGGCGAGGACUACUCGCACUUCUUGGCCGAGUCGUCUCUCGGCCAGUGGCUCAAGGAGCAGGGCAUCCCUGCCAUGCACGGUGUGGAUACCCGUGCUCUCACCAAGCGCAUCCGUCAGAAGGGUAGCAUGCUUGGCCGCAUGCUUCUCCAGAAGACGGAGUCCGUCAACGGCACUGCCCCCUCGACCGAGAAAGACACCUGGAGGCCGUCCUUCGAACAGAUCGAGUGGGUGGACCCCAACAAGAAGAACCUUGUGAGCGAAGUCUCUAUUCGCGAACCCAAGCUCUUCUCCCCUCCCGAAAAUGUCGCCCUGAAGCACCCCUCGGGCCGUCCCGUGCGGGUGUUGUGCUUGGACGUUGGUCUCAAGUUCAACCAGCUUCGCUGCCUGCUCGCUCGCGGCGUCGAGGUUCUCGUCGUUCCCUGGGAUUAUGACUUCCCUACUCUCGUUAAAGACGCCUAUGACGGUCUGUUUGUGUCGAACGGUCCUGGUGAUCCCGCCACUCUCACUACAACGGUGAAGCAUCUGUCCAAGGUUCUUGAAGACGGACGCACGCCCAUCUUCGGUAUUUGUCUGGGUCACCAGCUCAUCGCUCGCUCCGCGGGCGCCCAGACCAUGAAGAUGAAGUUCGGUAACCGUGGUCACAACAUUCCCUGCACCAGCAUGGUGUCGGGUAAGUGCCAUAUCACCUCUCAGAACCACGGUUUCGCCGUCGAUGCUGCUUCCCUUCCCGAGGGCUGGGCUGAGCUUUUCGUGAACGCCAACGACGGUAGCAACGAGGGUAUCAGACACACGAGCCGGCCCUACUUCAGUGUCCAGUUCCACCCCGAAAGCACGCCCGGUCCCCGUGACACCGAGUACCUCUUCGAUGUGUUCAUCAACACCAUCCAGGAUACCAUUGCCUCUCCUGAGGCCCUCCGCAAGCCCGUCUCUUUCCCCGGUGGCACGAUCGAGGAGAACAUCAAGACUUCUCCUCGCGUCUCCGUCAAGAAGGUCUUGAUCCUGGGCAGCGGUGGUCUCAGCAUUGGCCAGGCCGGUGAAUUCGACUACUCGGGAAGUCAGGCCAUCAAGGCUCUGAAGGAAGAAGGCAUUUACACCAUUCUGAUCAACCCCAACAUUGCCACCAUCCAGACGUCGAAGGGUCUGGCUGACAAGGUGUACUUCCUUCCUGUCAACGCCGAUUUCGUGCGCAAGGUCAUCAAGCAUGAGCGCCCUGAUGCUAUCUACGUCACCUUCGGUGGACAGACUGCUCUCCAAGUGGGUAUCCAGCUCAAGGAUGAGUUCGAAUCCCUUGGCGUCAAGGUCCUCGGUACUCCCAUCGACACUAUCAUCACCACUGAGGAUCGUGAGUUCUUUGCUCGCAGCAUGGACUCCAUCAACGAGAAGUGCGCCAAGUCGGCCUCUGCCUCCAACCUCGAGGAGGCUCUCCGAGUGGUCGAGGACAUCGGAUUCCCUGUCAUUGUUCGUGCGGCCUACGCUCUCGGAGGUCUCGGUAGUGGUUUCGCCGAUGACAUGGGUCAGCUUAAGGAGCUUUGCACCAAGGCUUUUGCUGCCAGUCCUCAGGUGCUGAUCGAGAAGAGUAUGAAGGGCUGGAAGGAAAUCGAAUACGAAGUCGUCCGUGACGCCCGCGACAACUGUAUCACUGUUUGCAACAUGGAGAACUUCGACCCUCUGGGUAUUCAUACCGGUGACUCCAUUGUCGUGGCUCCCUCCCAGACCCUCUCUGACGAGGAUUACAACAUGCUCCGUACCACGGCCGUUAACGUCAUUCGUCACCUUGGUGUGGUGGGUGAGUGUAACAUUCAGUAUGCUCUGAACCCCUUCUCGAAGGAGUACUGCAUUAUCGAGGUGAACGCCCGUCUGUCGAGAUCGUCGGCGCUCGCCUCCAAGGCUACUGGUUAUCCCCUUGCUUUCAUCGCUGCUAAGCUGGGUCUGGGCAUUCCCCUCAACGAGAUCAAGAACUCUGUCACCAAGGUUACUUGCGCUUGCUUCGAGCCUUCUCUCGACUACUGUGUGGUGAAGAUUCCCCGCUGGGAUCUGAAGAAGUUCACUCGCGUGUCUACCCAGCUUGGUUCCUCUAUGAAGAGUGUUGGUGAGGUCAUGGCUAUCGGACGCACCUUCCAGGAAGCCAUCCAGAAGGCCAUCCGUUCUGUGGAUUUCCAUAACUUGGGAUUCAACGAAACCAACGCUCUCAUGUCCAUCAAGGGUGAACUGCAGACUCCAUCAGACCAGCGUCUGUUCGCCAUUGCCAAUGCCAUGGCUGCUGGAUACAGUGUGGACGACAUCUGGAAGCUCACCCAGAUCGACAAGUGGUUCCUUAGCCGCUUGAAGGGUCUGAGUGACUUCGGUAAGAUGUUGACUUCUUACAACGCCACCACCGUCCCCAGACCUCUUGUCCGCGAGGCUAAGCAGCUUGGUUUCUCUGACCGCCAACUUGCCAAGUUCCUCAGCUCCAACGAACUUGCUGUCAGACGUCUGCGUGUCGAGGCCGGCAUCAUCCCUAUCGUUAAGCAGAUUGAUACCGUCGCUGCGGAGUUCCCUUCGGUCACCAACUACCUGUAUCUGACCUACAACGCUUCUGAGCACGACGUUGCGUUCAACGAUAAUGGUAUCAUGGUAUUGGGAUCUGGUGUCUACAGAAUCGGUUCUUCCGUCGAAUUCGAUUGGUGUUCGGUGCGCACUAUUCGUACCUUGCGCGAGCAGGGCCACAAGACCGUUAUGGUUAACUACAACCCUGAGACUGUCAGUACCGACUAUGACGAGGCUGACCGCCUGUACUUCGAGAACAUCAACCUGGAGACCGUCCUGGACAUCUACCAGCUGGAAUCCUCUAGCGGUGUGAUCAUCUCCAUGGGUGGCCAAACCCCUAACAACAUCGCUCUGCCUCUCCACCGUCUCAAUGUUAAGAUCCUCGGAACAUCCCCUGAGAUGAUCGAUGGUGCUGAGAACCGUUAUAAGUUCUCUCGCAUGCUUGACCGCAUCGAUGUCGACCAGCCUUCUUGGAAGGAGUUGACCAGCAUCGAGGAGGCAACUGAGUUCUGUGACAAGGUCGGCUAUCCCGUGCUUGUGCGUCCUUCGUAUGUGCUCUCUGGAGCUGCCAUGAACACCGUAUACUCUCAGCAUGACCUGGCCAGCUACCUCAACCAGGCCGCCGACGUUUCUCGCGAACACCCUGUUGUCAUUACCAAGUACAUUGAGAACGCCAAGGAAAUUGAGAUGGAUGCUGUUGCCCGCAAUGGUGUGAUGGUCGGCCAUUUCAUCUCCGAACACGUGGAAAACGCUGGUGUUCACUCUGGUGAUGCUACCUUGAUCCUGCCUCCUCAAGACCUUGAUCCUGAGACCGUCCGCCGCAUUGAGGAGGCCACUCGCAAGAUCGGAAACGCCCUCAACGUUACUGGUCCUUUUAACAUUCAGUUCAUUGCGAAGGACAACGACAUCAAGGUCAUCGAGUGCAACGUCAGAGCUUCUCGUUCCUUCCCCUUCGUGUCGAAGGUCAUGGGUGUUGAUCUGAUUGAGAUGGCCACUAAGGCAAUGAUCGGGGCUCCCUUCGCUGAAUACCCGCCUGUCAGCGUCCCCAAGGACUAUGUUGGUGUCAAGGUUCCCCAGUUCUCCUUCUCCCGUCUCUCUGGAGCGGACCCUGUUUUGGGUGUCGAGAUGGCCUCCACUGGUGAAGUGGCCUCUUUUGGUCGCGACAAGUACGAAGCUUAUAUCAAGGCCCUCUUGUCCACCGGUUUCCGCCUGCCUAAGCGCAAUGUCCUGUUCUCCAUUGGUUCGUACAAGGAGAAGCUUGAGUUGUUGCCGUCUAUCAAGAAGCUUCAUGACAUCGGCUUCAACCUCUUUGCUACUGCCGGAACUGCGGACUUCCUCAAGGAGAACGGUGUUCCCGUCAAGUAUCUGGAGGUCCUUCCCGGAGAAGAUGAGGGCAUGAAGUCCGAGUACUCGCUCACUCAGCACUUGGCCAACAACCUUAUCGACCUCUACAUCAACUUGCCCUCCAACAACCGCUUCAGACGUCCUGCCAACUACAUGAGCAAGGGUUACCGCACGCGUCGUAUGGCUGUGGAUUACCAGACUCCUUUGGUGACCAAUGUCAAGAACGCUAAGAUUCUGAUCGAGGCCAUUGCUCGUCACUACGACCUGAACGUCUUGAACAUUGACUACCAGACUAGCCACCGCACUGUUAUCCUUCCUGGAUUGAUCAACAUCGCUGCUUUCGUGCCCGAUCUUGUCACUCCUGGAUCUAAGGAUUUCCAGACUGUCACCAAGGCCUCUAUUGCCGCUGGUUUCAGUAUGGUCCGUGUCAUGCCUGUUGGUGUGAGCGACUCGGUCACCGAUUCUCGUGCGUUGAGCAUCGUCCAGCAGAACGCCCAGUCUGGUUCGUACUGUGACUUCAACUUCUCCGUUGUUGCCACCUCGACCAACGCCGACCAGAUCAGCCAGAUGACCGGCGAUGUUGGCUCCCUGUUCAUUCCUUUCAACCACCUCUCUGGAAACAUUAGCAAGGUCGCCGCGGUUACUAGCCACUUCGCUGCCUGGCCUUCCACCAAGCCGAUCAUCACCGAUGCCAAGUCUACUGACCUUGCUUCUGUUCUGCUGCUGGCUAGCCUUCACAGCCGCAACAUCCACGUCAUGAGCGUGACUUCCAAGGAGGACAUUGGUCUCAUCGCACUGAGCAAGGAGAAGGGUCUGAAGGUGACUUGUGAUGUCUCCAUCUACUGCCUGUUCCUCUCCAAGGAGGACUUCCCCGAGUGCAGCUUCUUGCCUUCUGCCGAAGACCAAAAGGCUCUCUGGGAGCAUCUGAGCACCAUCGACGUUUUCUCCAUUGGCAGCAUCCCCUUCCAGGUUGCUGGUGAGAAGGCAUCUCCCGUUACUGGUAUUGAAGAGGCUCUCCCUCUCCUGUUCACUGCUGUGUCGGAGGGUCGCCUCACUGUCGAUGACAUUAUUGCCAGACUCUAUGAGAACCCGAAGAAGAUCUUUGAGCUGCACGACCAGGCCGACAGCUCGGUCGAGAUUGAAGUGGACCGCCCGUACCUCUACCAGAGUGCGGGUGCCUGGUCUCCCUUCAACGGCAAGAACGUCCGCGGCUGCGUGAAGCGGGUUACCUUCCAGGGCAAGACUUCUUGCCUGGAUGGCGAACUCACCUCUGACGCCGUCAAGGGCACUGAUAUGUCCAGCCACCGCAUUCCUCCUUCGUCUCCUGCCGUUCGGGCUCUCUCCCCCAAGGUGUCUGGCCGUGCUGAUGCCUCCAUUGAUGCCCAGCUCGCCUCCACCCCCAGCAGAUCGCGGAAGACUUUGGAACAGUCGGCCCUUCCGGGCGGUAAUGAGCUGGGACCUCCUCUGUACACCCCCGUCCCGCAGGUUUCGUCCACUCUGCUUGAGAUGCUUGCUCGGUCUCCUUUCAAGCAGAAGCAUGUGCUCUCCGUGGGCCAGUUCAACCGUUCUGACCUGCACCUGCUCUUCACUGUGGCUCAAGAGAUCCGCCUUGGGGUUCAGCGUCAGGGAGUUCUUGACGUUCUGAAGGGUCGUGUGCUGUGCACCCUCUUCUACGAGCCCUCCACUCGUACUUCUGCCUCCUUCGAUGCUGCCAUGCAACGUCUGGGCGGACGCACGGUGGCGAUCUCCACCGAGCACUCUUCCACCAAGAAGGGCGAGACUCUGCAGGACACCAUCCGCACUCUGGGUUGCUACGGAGACGCGGUUGUUCUCCGCCACCCCUCUCCCACCAGCGCCGAGGUCGCCGCCAAGUUCUCGCCUGUGCCCAUCAUCAACGGUGGCAAUGGCAGCGUCGAACACCCCACUCAGGCGUUCCUUGACCUCUUCACCAUCCGUGAGGAGCUCGGUACCGUCACUGGCUUGACGAUCACUUUCACUGGCGAUCUGAGAUACGGCCGCACCGUCCACUCUCUUAUCAAGCUGCUCCAGUUCUAUGAUGUCCGCAUCCAGCUGGUCGCCCCGAAGGAUCUGUCCUUGCCUGACGAGGUCCGCCAGCAGGUUCGUGCCUCUGGACAGUUGAUCGUCGAGUCCGAGGAGUUGACUCCGGAGAUCGUUGCUCGUUCGGACGUCCUGUACUCUACUCGCGUCCAGAAGGAGCGCUUCGCCGAUCUUGAGCAAUACGAGCGUCUGAAGAACAGCUUCAUCAUUGACAAUGCGCUCCUCAAGCACGCCAAGAGCCACAUGGUCGUUAUGCACCCUCUGCCCCGUAAUGCGGAGAUCGCAGAGGAGGUCGACUUUGACCAGCGGGCGGCUUAUUUCAGACAGAUGAGAUAUGGCCUCUACUGCCGCAUGGCUCUGCUUGCCUUGAUCAUGGCGCCUUAA